AUGGUUCGGUUUGGGAAUGUUUUUAUGAUGAACCAUGCUAACGGGGAAAAUGAAAGACUGGAAGCAAAUCAAUGUGAACAUGAUGAGGACAAGAAAGCUGAAGAUGGAAUUUUGGGUGACAGACAACAACGUUUGUUUACAGAGAAUGAGUCCAGGAUCAACAGAAUAGUUGAAGAUGCGAUGAAUGGACAAGGCCCAACAAUGCAAGGCCAAGGUGUUCGCCAAGUAUCGCAGCAACAGCCUCAAGGGUCAUCUGUGCUUACUUGGGAGAGGUUUCUUCAUGUUAGGUCCAUCAAGGUUUUGUUGGUGGAGAAUGAUAAUUCUACAAGACUUGUAGUCACUGCACUGUUGCGCAAUUGCAAUUAUGAAGUUAUUGAAGCUGCCAAUGGAGUGCAAGCAUGGAAGAUUUUAGAAGAUCUAACCAAUCAUGUUGAUCUUGUUUUAACUGAGGUAGUCAUGCCUUGUUUAUCAGGCAUUGGUCUUCUAUGCAAGAUUAUGAGCCACAAAACACGCAAGAUUGUCCCUGUGAUUAUGAUGUCAUCUCAUGACUCAAUGGGUUUAGUCUUUAAGUGCUUGUCAAGAGGUGCAGUUGACUUUUUAGUGAAGCCUAUUCGAAAGAAUGAGCUUAAAAACCUCUGGCAGCAUGUUUGGAGGAGAUGCCACAGUUCUAGUGGUAGUGGGAGUGAAAGUGGUACACAAUCUCAAAAAUCUGUGAAGUCAAGGAGUAGCGAAAAGUCUGAGAACAACAGCGGUAGCAACGAUGAGGGGGAUAAUGAAAGCACUGGUUUAAAUAUUGGCGAUGGAAGUGAUGAUGGCAGUGGCAUUCAGAAGAGAGAAGAUUACAGGCAGUUUGUUAUUGGCUUCACUUUACACAUUAAAGAGUAUUAA